AACAUUUCAACGAAAUUUAAUGGGCCAUGCCCUAUCAGUGGGCUAAUUUUUCUUCGAUUAAGUCGAGUCCAUUCUUUCUGUGCCCAGACUAAUGAAAUUCAACAGAGAGAGUCCGAAAGAAAUAUUAGAAAUAUGAGUUUCAGCUCUCUAUUGAAGACUGCCGCUGCAAUUUCAUUUUUGUUGGUUGUUUCCACAUUAGUUUCCGCGGAGACGUCAGGCGAAGUUACAGAAUUGCAGAUCGGUGAAACGUACAAACCUGAAACCUGUGACAUUCAGGCUCAUAAAGGGGAUAGAGUCAAAGUGCAUUAUCGGGGAAAACUCGUAGAUGGAACUGUUUUUGAUUCGAGUUUUGAAAGAGGUGAUCCAAUCGAGUUUGAGCUUGGCAGUGGCCAAGUUAUCAAAGGAUGGGACCAAGGACUUUUGGGAAUGUGUGUAGGUGAGAAGCGAACGUUGACAAUCCCUUCUAAGAUGGGUUAUGGCGAUCAGGGUUAUCCCCCUAAAAUUCCAGGUGGAGCAACACUGAUCUUUGACACAGAGCUUGUUGCUGUGAAUGGGAAACCAUCAAGCGAAAAAUGAUGAGCUGUAGUCAUCAUCAAAGGAGGAGAGUUCACCCCUAUUAUUAUUUUUUUUGUUUUUUCUUUUGCCUUCAUUUUUCAUGUUUGGUCUGCUAAAACUAGACUCAAGUCUCUGGUUCUGCCCAACUAUUUAAUUAUGGAGCUUGACACAGCAGAAUGUUAUGUAAUCAUGCCUCAUAAUCUUUGUAGUUUGGAUCAGAAAUCUCCCUUGCUUAAGCAGCAAGGAAUGAACCAAUUAAGUUUAAGAUAAAUGGAAUAAGACAAUCAGGUGGCUGAACAA